AUGGAUAAAUUACUAGCAGAGGAUAUUAAAGAUGAAACAGCAAUUAAAAGUCAUCUAAACAAGUUGCAAGAUAAAGCUGAUAGGCUUUUUAAGCUAGAUGAAGACAUCGAGGAAGCCUUGUUUGAAGAUCCUGCAACAACGGAAGAGGACUUAGAAGCUGAGUUUGAUACUACAGAAUCUUACAGAGACAUGUUAUCUUCAAUGAGAGCUAAGUAUGACCAUUUCAUUAUUCAGGUUGGCCUAAGCCAACAGUCAAGAAGUGAAGUCGGGGAUACCGUUCACAGUCUUAAAUUAGUAUCUAAGAAGGGGUUAAGUCUACCUAAAUUACAAUUAAACCAGUUUGAUGGAGAUGUAAAAAAUUGGAUAGGGUUUUGGGGGCAGUUUAAGAAGGUCCAUGAGGAUCCUGAUCUAGAACCUGAGGAUAAGUUCCAAUACCUCAUCCAAUCUUUAAAACCAGGAUCAUCCCCUAGGGAAUUAGUAGAAAGUUUUCCCCCAUCUGGAACUAAUUAUGUAAAGGCCCUAGAACAAUUAAAAGCAAGAUUUGGUAGGGAUGACUUUUUAAUAGAAGUAUAUGUGAGGGAACUGCUCAGUUUAGUGCUCCAACAAGUAACGCUAGGUCCUAAUACUAAACUAUGCCGACUGUAUGACAAACUAGAAACACAGUUAAGGGCACUUGAAACUUUAGGAGUCACUUCAGACAAGUAUGCUUCAAUGCUGUAUCCUCUUGUAGAAUCUGCUUUGCCCGAAGAAAUAUUACGAGCCUGGGAGCGGCAUCGUUCAAGUAGGUUACUACACACACCCUCAACUUCUACAUCGUCAGAUCUAGUAAUUUCUAGUAAUUUUCUAGAAGAACUUCUUGAUUUUCUAAAGGCUGAGGUGGAGAGUGAAGAGAGGCUGGCGCUUGCUCGUUCUAGUUUUAAAUCUGCCACUCCAGGAGACAACAACAGCAAAUGCAGCAGCCCCAGGAAAAUGUCAACGGUUCACGAACCUCGUCAGAGUGAACCUACGGUAGCAGCUCUAUUGACAACUGGUACAGAGGGUCCUAGAAGGUUGGUGAGUAACUGCACUUAUUGUUCUAAAGGAGGGCACAAUGCUCAAGAUUGUUCCUAUUUUCAACAAUUGACUUUAGAUGGAAGAAAGGAGCAUCUGAAAAAGAAAAAUUGCUGCUUUGUGUGCUUGAAGCAAGGUCACUCAGCAAAAAAGUGCAAGGGAUUUGUCAAAUGUCUCUUCUGUUGUAAAAGACAUUAUGGAAUCAUGUGUAGGGACUUAUAUGAAAGUAGGCCUCGAUCUAAAAUUGAUGUUGACAAGCCAGACUUACUGCAGCAAAGUAUAACUAAGCCUAAGUCAGAGGUUCUCAGUAAUUUUGGAAACGGUACAGGAGAAACUUUAUUACAGACUCUUUUAGUUAAGGUUGUGGAUGAUAAAGGUAAAGAAUAUUUGGGAAGAGCACUUUUGGAUCCAGGUUCCCAGAGAUCCUACAUUACGAAGGACUGUGUCACUAAAUUAGGUCUACAAGAAACAGGUAGUGAAGUCAUAAAUCAUAGCUUGUUUGGUGGUGUAAAUGUAAAACAAAAAUCUCAUAAAAACUACCUAGUGACUCUUCAGAAUGUAAAUAACUCUUUCAAGAUCUCUAUUCCUGUGACAGAUCAAGAAACAAUUUGCAACCAUGUUCCUAGGCUUAAGAGUGAAGAGUACUUUGACAUCUUGAAAGAAAAGAACAUUAUUUUAACUGAUGUAGGUGAAAAUGUACCAGAUGUAAAAAUGUUACUUGGUGCAGAUGUAUUAGUGGAUUUGUAUACAGGAACUAUCCAGAGGAUUGACGACAAAUUAGUUGCUAUUUAA